GAUACUAGCAAAUAAAGCACCGAAAAAUAGGUAUAAUGCCGCGGUAGUGGCAAAUAACACAAAUAGUUCACUGGGUCUAAAUGACAGCAAAAUUUAUUAUAUUCCGUUCAUGUCUAAUGCCGCUUUCAAUAAACCAACUUCAGAAACUUAUUUGAAUAUAACGGAUUACAUGGCCAAUGCAAUGAAACAAGAACAAGUUUCAGCAAACUUAAAAAUCGAAAAUGAAACCAACAAUAACUUAAAUACAGAAAAAAGCUUACAUCCAAAAGACAACAAAAUUCAAUCAAUAUCUUUUACACUUAAUUCAAACAUGAAACCACAAAGUUACAAAAUUAACGAAAACUUGUAUGAUCCUACUGACCCAACCCGAAUUGCAUCUAUUAAAGAACACAAAGCAUUUGAUGGCAAUGACAAAAUAGUAAAUAUUAAACCAGUGGAGAAUGAUGUGGUAUCGAAAACAAAAGCAUUUGAAGAUGUUACUUUCAUUAAGACAAAAGAAAAUAAUAACAUGACAGAAUCUCUAACGACCUUCGACAAAACAUUUAAUAAUUCUGCAUUAGAAUUUACAGACGCAAAUCCAUCGUCAUCUCCGGUGAAAUAUGAAAGAGUAAAAAUUGACAAUGAUACAGACUUUCAAGAGAAAAGAGAUUUUCUAAAUAACAUUAAUAAAAGCGAUGAUAGUAUUAAUUUGAAACGUAAUAAAUUUAUGAGUAUGGAUGAGAUAACGCCGUCCACUAUUCAAAUAUCAACGAUUAUUACCAAAAACAUAUCUGAAUCUUCAGAAAAUUACGCUGCUUCGAGGGCUAUUAAUUUAAAAACAUCAGUUCUCGUAAAUAAAAUCACAAGGGCUUUACCUAAAGAUGAAGAAUUGGACCAUUAUGGGUCCAAAGCCAUAACACACGAAAAUGACCCCCUAAAUUUGAAUAAUAUUCUUAUUGAAAAUGAGAGUACUAAAAGUAAAUACGUUACUCUUGUUCUAUCUUAUGGAUACUCUCCACAACUUUUUACAAAAUCAAUAUCAUCAAAAGAAUUAAAAGAAGCUGUAACAAGUCCAGUACCAAAAGCAGAGAUUAAACAAUUUUUCAUUACGCCUGAUAAGAUUUCAAGAGGUAGUGUUUACUUUCCUGCACCUACUAAAGCUGCACAUGAAGUCACAAAAACACCUAUAAAUGCUGAAACCGGAGAACCUUACUUACUUCGAACGGAUAUUCAAAAUCUUUGGAAUUCACUUCAAGAUAUGACAGAUAAAAGCGCCGAACGUACCGUUAAUACAAUUCAAACAAACCAGCCAGUAAGUAACGUGGGAACUGUUAAGACUCUAUUGCAUACUGGCAAAUUACCUUCACCCACGACUGAGUUAGAUGUUAAUUAUCACUUGAGAGCAUCCAGUACUAAGGAUUUCAAAUUGAGUCAGCAAUCGUAUACACAAAUACCAGAAUACUUAGGUAAUUAUGAAACUGUCAAGCAUUUACUUACAAAUGCAGAGGUAAUACAAAAUUCAAGUAAAACACAAAUAAACUCAUUAAUAAGAAAACCAGUCCAUAAUAUAACUCAAGUGAAUACAACCUACAAACCCUUGUUACGUACAGGAUUAGACUGGUAUACAACUAAACUAAACAGACAAACUUUCGAUACUGAGUCUGAAAAACGAAAUGAUUAUUCAUCUAUAUAUAACUAUAAGUCUAACUUAACAAAACAUAUUAAUGAGAGUUCUACCUCUGGAGGAAACAUAGAAGGGUACGUUGUCUCAAAAUUACAUUUAGUGCCAGAAAUCAUGGAAAGAGUCACCCACAACGAUAGUGUGGCAUCAAUGAUGCCCGGGAAAGAAGAAACUAUGUUAAUACAAAGAUUAUACUCAAAAGAUAUGAAUAACGGUAAACCAGAUAUGUACAAUACGCUCACUAAUGCAUAUUCCACUGCCAAAAAGGAUAAAGAAAGUAUAAAAAAUAGUACUCCCAUGGAACAAAGUUUUGUAGAUGAUAACAAAUAUGAACACUAUGUAUUAGCAACCAAUAUGCUAAGAUUUUUUUUACAAGCAACACAUUCAUAUUCCAAUAUUCGACCACCAACUACUACAGUACGUAGCACUGUGGAAAGUAUUUCGUAUUCUACACUAUCAGACGAAACUGUUACGAGAAGUACGAAAAAAAUCAAGAGACACCGAAAUACUAAACAUCCAAAAACUAAUGCCAAUACGACGACAGGACCGCGAAGGACAACGAUCAGAAAGAAACGUCGUCGUACCAGAAAAAGAAUUGUCUACAAUACAUAUGAGCCAACAAUGUACGAAGAUCUAGAGAUGGCUUACACAAAGGAACUUCGGAAAAAAGUCACACAGGUAGAGCCAACUCGGGCAAAUGGUGAAGAGGAAUUCGGUGAAUUAUUGAAAUCUUCAGAUCAUGUACACAUUGGUGAUGUCACUGCGAUUCUGCCAUGGCCAGUAUAUUUCCCAACUCCCAGUACUACUCGGCAACUCAACGUCAGAGGAAAAUUAGAACUUUCUCACAUAUUAAGGCAGCCAAAGCGAAAGAAUGCAGACAGUACUUCAAAUAAAUCGAUGAACACAGUUGGAAAUAUGAAUAUGAAAGUAAAGCCAAGACCAACACGGCUACGUGUUUUUAGCGCUUUGUACAAAAACCACAUGGAUACAACAGAAAGAAUGACAAGUUUGCCAGGACCUCGUAUUGACAGUGUACCAGUAACUGUUUCCAUGUUGGGCCCAAAAUCUACACAUUUAGUUAAAUUCAAUCAUUAUGAGACGGUUACUACAAUGGAGCCUACCAGAUUAUUGAAGGAUGAAAUACAUAAUAAUAUGAAAACAAUUCCAGUACAACCAAUACAAAUUAUUUUCCAUAAAAGCUCUGUUCGCAAUGCGUUCACAAGUACACUACUUCCGCCAGAAACACCAAAACCAAGAAAAUUUAUUUAUCGAUUGGCAACGCGAAAGCCAGAGAGAAAACUUACAUUCUACCAAGGAUUCGGAAAAAUAUAUGAAAAACCUACACAUUUUCCCAUGUUUGGAGAUAUAUAUAUGCGCACCGCCGACACUACAAAGAAUGUAAAGAGCCCGACGAUUCAUAACAAUAUUACUAAGGCUGCUAGAAAUGAGAACAAAAUGGCCGAGGACAAAAUUACUGCUUUUAUGAAAGCCACUCGUGCCAGUAAUAUGAAAAUUCUUUUGUUCCGUAAAAAUGAUCCCAAGGUCAGCAAAAUAAAUCAGUUUCAAACUAAGAAAAUAAUGACAGACAUAACGUAUUCUCCAUAUGUAAAACGGGGUCCAACAGCAACAUUUGCAGCCAAACGAUUUCAGCUUAGUAAAAAGAAAAAAAUCAAAAUGGGUGUGAGCGGAAAGAAACCUUUAAGGACUAAGUUUGCGCCCAGUAAUGUCGAGGUUGAAAGUGCAAUUGACACAAAUGUAGAUUUCGCUAAAAAAGACCACAUUUCAUUAAAUUCACAAAAAAAGUCAGACGUAAUUAAAAAAGUGAUAAAUAAAUCUCAAAGAAUUAAGGGAAUACUUAUGGACCCUUUAGAUCCCAGCUAUAAAACUAUGUUACUUCCCGAAAAAGUAAUACCAAAAUUCAAAGUAAAAAAGGUACACUACAGUGUAGUUGAAAAGAAUUUAUUGGCGACGAACCGGAAAGAGUUAUUAUUCAAUAAUAUGAUGACCACUGCAAGGAUAAAUUUCUUUGAUGAGUUAGCAGCUAGAAAUAACAUCCAAACUUACACAGUCCAUAGUGCGAAACCUUUACUGUCAAGGCAAAUAUUGCUGCGGCCCAAAUUCGCAAAUAUUGACAACGUAGUCAGAAUAACACAAAUGCCACCAUUUGAGACUACGAAGAAAUAUACACACUCCAAAUUAAACGCAAUUGACUUCUUCGAGCAACACAAACCUGCCGUGUUGAAUUUGUUGCAAAACAAAAAGGAAUUCAGAGCUUUAGCACCAAGCACGUGGGAUAAUAAUGUGAAUGUUUUGGAAAAGCCCCACUACUUUCCAAUAAUGAAUGGAAUCAAUUCGGAGAGCAAAUAUAGAAUGCCAACUAGGGGGUUUCUAGUUCCUGAAGGGAAAUACUUUCUGGAGUCGUCAAUGGAAUCGUUCAGAGAAGCAGCAAUGGCAAUGCCUUCUCCAGCACCUACACGUUACCAAAUGCACUAUGUGACACCGUUGAAGCCUCGGCGUUCGCGACGAACCAUAUACUUUCUUAGCCCGACAGCGUCUUACAUACAAUAUUUUAAGUGAUUUUGUAAUACGUAGCAAUAAAACUAUU